AUGACAGGAAAGGGAGUUAGAGUUUGUCAAAAGGUAACAGUUGCCAAACUUAUAGAUUUGAAGAAGAUAGACAAUGAGGCUACAUUGAGGGUGGAGAGGUCAAAAACAAAAUCUGUGUCAUUGCCUCCGGUUUCUACUCAACACCAAAUGGAUACAAACACUCUUGGUGUUGAUCCAAAAAAGAGAAAGACAUCAUCUGUAGAAAAUGCCUUUAAUUUGCAAGCUAGAGAGACACUUGAUCAUGAAAUUGCUAGGAUGUUUUACUCUUCGGGGCUGCCUUUUCAUUUAGCAAGAAAUCCUCAUUAUAGGAAGGCAUUUGCCUAUGCUGCCAACAAUCAGAUCAGUGGUUACCAGCCUCCAGGUUAUAAUAAAUUAAGGACAACAUUACUUCAAAACGAGAGAAGACAUGUGGAGAAUUUGUUACAACCAAUUAAAAAUGCAUGGAGCCAGAAGGGUGUGAGCAUUGUUAGUGAUGGAUGGAGUGACCCGCAAAGAAGAUCUCUUAUUAAUUUCAUGGUUGUCACGGAGAGUGGACCUAUGUUUUUAAAGGUCAUUGAUUGUUCAAAUGAGAUCAAAGACAAGGAUUUCAUUGCCAAACAUAUGAGGGAGGUAAUUAUGGAGGUUGGACACUCAAAUGUUGUGCAAAUUGUGACGGAUAAUGCAGCCGUUUGUAAAGCAACAGGUUUAAUAAUUGAGGCUGAGUUUCCUUCCAUUUAUUGGACUCCAUGUGUUGUCCAUACAUUAAAUCUUGCUUUGAAGAACAUAUGUGCAGCCAAGAAUACAGAAAAAAAUAAUGUUGCUUAUGAAGAAUGUUCUUGGAUCACCCAAAUUGCGGAUGAUGCAAUGUUUGUGAAAAACUUUGUCAUGAGUCACUCUAUGAGACUAUCAAUUUUCAAUUCAUUCAAUUCAUUGAAAUUGUUAUCCAUUGCUCCAACAAGAUUUGCCUCCACUAUUGUAAUGCUCAAGAGAUUCAAGCAAUUGAAGAAAGGACUCCAAGAGAUGGUCAUUAGUGACCAAUGGUCUUCUUAUAAGGAAGAUGAUGUUGCAAAGGCUAAAUUUGUGAAAGAUACUUUGUUAGAUGAUAAAUGGUGGGAUAAGGUUGAUUAUAUUCUUUCUUUCACUAGCCCUAUCUAUGAUGUUCUUAGAAGAACGGAUACAGAAGCUUCAUCUCUCCAACUAGUAUAUGAGAUGUGGGAUUCAAUGAUUGAAAAGGUGAAGAAUGCCAUAUAUCAAUAUGAGAGAAAGGAGGAGAGUGAAGGAUCGACCUUUUAUGAGGUAGUGCACUCCAUAUUAAUUGACCGUUGGACUAAGAGUAGCACUCCUCUCCAUUGUUUAGCUCAUUCUUUAAAUCCUAGCUAA